UACAGUGUUUACUGUAUGAACAUGUCCUGUUGUGGCCAGGAAAAAAUCAGUAUAUUAAAGAGAAUUAAAGCAGUGUCUGACAUGGUCAAAGCUCUGUGUUUUUAUACGCUGUUGGACCAGUUCAAACUUUUGUCUAAAUUUAUUUAACCUUUGUUAAAUAAUGAUUUCAACAUGAGAUCUGACCUGAACACACAAAUGAAAUAAUGUUCAUGUACUUUUCUUAGUCACCUUACCAGGAAACAUCCACCCAAAUGUCCGUAUCACUCCAUCUAUUUAAUAUCACGACUGAUCUGCAUCCAGGUCUAUUUCUGUACCGAGCGACUGCCCGGGAUCAAACGCCGUCUGUCACCACUGAUGAUUUGUGUCAGUUUAUCUGGACGUCAGACGUGAAGCUUGCUGCAAUAAAUCAAAGUUUACUACACACUUUAACAGCAGCUCUGUGAUUAACUCCUGCAUCUAAAACCUUUAAAUGAUUUUAGCAGAUUAAACUCCACCUCCAGCUCUGACCUGGUGGAGCGUGGACCAGGACCUCUGAUGGAGUCUUGUGGUCCUUUAGGGCCUUGGGGUGGCAGGUUAGUGGGUUUGUUUUCCUGCUGGGGGAGGGGGGGUUGGUCUACAACAGUGUUUAGGUGGGUGGUACGUGUCAACAAAACAUCCAGAUGAAUGAAAGGUUCCCAGUAGAACAAUGGAUUGCGAUUAGGGUUGUAAAAGGGCGGAGAGUUUCUGGGAAGUUUCCAGUAACUUUCCAUGGAAAUUAAUGGGAAUAUACAGGAAAUAACUGGGCAUUUGAGCCAAUUUAUACAGACUACAUCAUAUAUUAACAUAAAAAUGAAAUGUAUCCACGCGUCAGAUAAAAACACUAAUGCACAGAUAUAUGAACAAUUUAGCUAAACAACAGUCUUUAAAAUAUUUGACAGUCGAUGCUGGGUAAAUGAGUAGAAACAGAGUAGAUGAACAGAUGAACUAAAUCAGACUCUAACCUACAGUUUAUGAACAGAACAGCUUCACAGCUGAGCUAGCACCAUGUUAGCUAGCCUCUUAAACUGUCCAUGAAAUGGUGUUAGCUAGCUAACAUUAGCAUCUCUGAUUUAGCAGCUAGCUAGCUGCUGUAUAAACACAUGUAGAUGUAUUUUUGCUGGUUAAACUUUUAUAGCACAGAUCAUAUAAUCUGUUAAUUCAUUCCCAUGGAAAGUUUCCAGCAUUUUCUAACCCUAAUUGACCAGAUCCAUCUACACCACCAUUCCUUUGAGGGUCGUGGGAGCUGGAGCUGAUCCCAGCUGACACCUUGGACAGGUGGCCAGUCUACAAACGCUCCUUUUCUCACCUACAGGAAAUGGACCUGCAGGUCUUUGGACUGUAGAGGAAGGCUGAGCCUGUCUGUGGGUUUAAUGUUGAGGGCGGUCGGUGUGCAGUGAGAAUAUGGUUCUGUCAUUAGACCUUUCCCUCUCAGAUCCAGCUGAAUCACACUCAUUCACCCUGGACCUGGUGGGCAGUUCUCACAUCCUCACUGUGGAUUGCUUGCAGAUGACACAGCAUGGACCUGCUGGUGUAGGAGAGGUCCUGAGUGACUAAAAUAGUGUGAAUCACUCCUGGCAGAAGAAUCAGUGCUAAUGCAAUUCUCUUUCAUUUCCUUUCAUGACCACAAAUUAGAUCAGCAUCUUGGAGAUGUAAAAGCUAAUGUGUUCGGGCUGCUGGUGAUUUCCCCCUGAACUCAGCGUCAGCGUCAGCGUCAGCUCCAGCUAACUACUACAUUACUCACACCACUUCCACUUCCCAUUACGCCUCGUGUCAUGUGCACAUGAGUGAUCCGACUCCAGGAGAUGACCUCAUGUGUGGGUGACUCUGAAUGCUCCUUUCAGGACGUUUUGAUUGUUCUAGGAUUUACUUUGGUACAAGCUGUGACACAGAUUCACCGGUCAGGGUUUCGUAACACAACAUCUAACUCAUGAUAGAUUCUCUGCCGAGGGAUCCAAUGAGCUUCUCCUAACCCUAUGUUCCUCUGGGACAUACAGUCCAACAGUGAUGAUGUGUUUCUGUAGUCCAACCUGAAGUUAGCAUCAGCCUGGUUCCUCCACAAAAAGCCAAUGGGAUUUUUUCAUAGUGUUUUGGAUUAUUCCAAGAAAAUAAACAGUGAGCAGCUAAAGUUUCUGAUCCUUCAGGUUUAGUUGAUCAGAUCAUCUUCACAGAUGAACACCACUGUUCUGAUGUUUGAAGUAAGAAGCUAAUGUUAGGCUAUAAACCAACUACACCACGGUGUUAGUUAAUGGUGUUCUAGUUGAGAAGCUGGAAAAACAUGGCCGCUCACAGGAAAUGUUGUUCUUGCUCCUUCAGAGAACAGAUCUGCUCCACCUGAAGAACACCUCAGCUGUUAAUGUUCGAUUUUAAAACAACACUUUAGAACAUUCUUUAAAAACUGUCCAGAUGAACCAUGAAGGUGAACUGAUUCAGUCGUAUCUCAGACUAGCUGUUGUUAGCAACAGUUGCUAACAUCGCUCUACAAACAGCGUAGCAACAUGUCCACAGAUAAACCUGAACAGUUCUCUGUGUCUGACUGACUUCAUGUAAACUAAUGAGACUGAGCUGCUAUAAACAGGAACAUUAGCAGAGAGUUCACUGCUGCUGAUGAGGAGCGGCCAUCUUGGAUUCUGAUGUCGGGGUUGGUGGGGUUGCUCUGACUUCAGGGACGUUCCUGUUGAAACUUCUGACUAGGAAGUCGGGAAUUCCUACUAACUGGAACGCACCAUUAACCCAACCGGUCGCGGCAGAUAUGGCCGCUCAGUCUGACGCGGUUCUGCGCCACAUGUGAAGCGCCUCCGAGAUGACUUCUGUUGUGAUUUGUCGCUAUAUAAAUGCAGACUGAUUUGUCUCACAGGUAGAGCCUCUGCUGGCCGCUCUCACCUGGAUGACAUCAGCUGCAGUCGGCCCUGGCCGGGACACCAGCACCAUCAGCAUCACUUCACUCCUCCACGUUUCCAAGUCGCUGCCAGCGCAGAGCUCCGGCCUCCUCCGCCCGCUCAUUGGCGACACGGGACGCCCGUCACGGGGAAGCCAGCUCCCGGGGCAUUCCCUAUCCGCGUGCUCGGUCGGAAGUGGCCGCCCUCUCCCGGCGCUCCAUUGGACCGAGCCGCUGUCAGUCGGGUUCACUCACGUUGAACACCGUCCGCCUCUCCGGCUCCUCGGCUGCCGAGACCGCCGUCAUAUUGGCUGCUAGAGGCAGCAGCGACCACGGCUGAGAAGAAGACCCCCACCAUGAUGAAGAACGGGCUGUGGCGGCGCUUAAAGAUUAAUUUAACUUUUUAAAUAUUUCUGAUUAGUAUUUAACCAAUUCAUGUUAAAGUACUCGGGAUGAUACCGACAAGUAUCCGCGUACUUUUAGAGCUUUCAUCCGACACCGUGGUCCGCAGAGGGGAUAUAUGCCUGACUUCUCUUAAUAGCCAUUUUUUGCAGACAAAGAGCUGUUGAAUAAAGCUUUCAGGAGGCACGCGGGUCCCGGGGGCUCCUAUUGAUGAAGAAAGUGGGCAACAUGUGGAGCAACCUGAAGAGCAAAUGCCAGACUCUCUUUCACAACAGCAGUCCAGGACCCAGUGAAAGCAGGGUGGAGGCAGAUGCCGUCCACUGUGUGGUGGAUCUCGGCCAGGGAGGCGGCUCAGGUGAUGCACAUGCGUCCAGAGCGUCCAGCCCAUCGCGGAGCCUCCUACCGGUGCCAAUGGUCACAGCGGGACGCCGCCAUCACAACUGUGUGUCGGACAUCCCUCAGAUAGUAGAGAUCACCAUCGACAAGGACACUGAGGAUGUGCGGGGUGGAUCCGGGGGAGUUCCUCUGGCCCGGAGAGACUCCUAUUCCCGUCACGCUCCGUGGGGGGGUAAGAAAAAACACUCGUGUUCCACCAAAACCCAGAGCUCUCUGGAGGCAGACCGGCGGUCUGGGCGUUUACGGGGUAGCGGGAACCGUAGGGACAGGCGUUACGGAGUCGGCUCCAUCCAGGAGAUGAGCGACUCCGUCUCUGGAGGACGCAGUCUGAGCGCUCGGUCUCUGCGCCAGCGGCUCAGCGAUACAGUCGGACUGUGCUUACCCCUGCCCGCUCGUAGACGCUCCCGUUCAUCUAAGAACCCUGUCGCCUCCAAGCGUAAGAUUCACCUGACGGAGCUCAUGCUGGAGACCUGCCCCUUCCCUCCGGGCUCGGACCUCGCUCACAAGUGGCACCUGAUCAAGCAGCACACGGCGCCGGUCAGCCCGCAUUCCUCCACCGCCCUGCUCGACGCCUUCGACCCGGCCCACCCCUCUCCUGAGGAUGAAGAGGAGCGUCUACGCGAGCGCCGCAGACUUAGCAUCGAGGAAGGUGUGGACCCUCCACCUAAUGCACAGAUCCACACCCUGGAGGCCUCAGUGCCGGGCUCCUCUCUCUACAAACUGGGACCAAAGAUGGCUCCCGGCAUGGGAGAGGCCUCCGGGGAUGGCCGGGCCUCGGCGACCAGCAGCUCCGCGGGUGCCGUGUCAUCGGGGGCCUGUGGGCAGGUGCUGGGGGCUUCAGCGUCGGCCCAGGACUGUGACUCUGAGGAGGACUCGACCACCCUCUGUCUGCAGGCCAGGAGGCCCAAGCAGAGGCACGCCUCUGGGGACGGUCACCUGAGCCGGCAGCAGCCCGGACCCUGGAAGGUCCACACCCAGAUAGACUACAUCCACUGCCUGGUGCCGGACCUGUUGCAGAUCACAGCUCUGCCCUGUUACUGGGGCGUGAUGGACCGCUACGAGGCUGAGGCGCUGCUGGACGGACGGCCCGAGGGCACCUUCCUGCUGCGAGACUCGGCCCAGGAGGACUACCUCUUCUCCGUUAGCUUCCGCCGUUACAACCGCUCGCUGCACGCCCGCAUAGAGCAGUGGAACCACAACUUCAGCUUCGACGCUCACGACCCGUGUGUUUUCCACUCUUCCACCGUCACAGGGCUGCUGGAGCACUACAAGGACCCCAGCGCCUGCAUGUUUUUCGAGCCGCUGCUCACGGCGCCGCUCCAUCGAACCUUUCCCUUCGGCCUGCAGCACUUGGCUCGAGCCGCCAUCUGCCGCUGGACCACUUACGAUGGCAUAGGCUCUUUGCCGCUGCCCCCUGCCCUGCAGGACUUCCUCAAGGAGUAUCACUAUAAACAGAAAGUACGAGUUCGCUGGCUGGAGAGGGAACCGCCACUCAAGGUUAAAUAGGGCGGGCGGGCUUCUCCACACGCUGCGAGAGGAUCACAGAACUUGAGAAAUUCCUCAUUAGCCAAUUAGAGGCUGUUCUGAUACGGUUCUCUUCCUGGUGGGGGAUUGAAUUUAAAUAUAACAAGCUAUACAAGAUUCAUUCUAAUCUUUGUUUUAGUUAUUACUUACAUCACAGAAAAUACAUAUGAUUAUAUUCAGUAUAAUGCUGUCUGGCAAGCACAUGUUUUUGUGUUGAACAGGUUGUUUUGACAGGGAGCGAAGGCACAAAUAUCAGUGUCUCUUUCUCUCCCGCUUUGUGCUAAAUGUCUGCCUGAUCCCACAGCAUCACCCUGCCUGUAGACCUGCCUGCAUGCCUCCCCCCCGUUCAUCCCAAAUUUAGGCUCUUUAGGUCCACAUGGCUACGUUGUACAGUUCACUUUGUGCUUUCUCUAUUUUUUUUAUCUCCUGAGCUUGUCGAAGCACCGAGUGCAGCACCUUCCCAAGAGGGUUGAAAGGUGUGAGUGUGGGUUGAGAGGGCGACUGGAGGUGCUGUUGGUGGCUUAUUGCAGUCAGAGCUUGUCCCAUGGAUCGAGCUACAUGAGGCACAUUAUUCGCCAUCUCUCUUUGCACGCGCGAGUUUCAGCUAAGUCAGAGACGGGGACAGAUUCGGAGCGGGUCCACAGAGUUCAGGACAGCACAUCAGGGACAGGAAGUGCUUCCUAAGGGUAAUAGAUUACUUCUUACAGACACUAGUUCCUCCUUAAGCAGUAAUGAAUCAUCAAUCGUCUUCAGUGAACAAGCUAAACCUGUCAACCUGUUCAUCUCUUCCUGUUUGAAGUUUAGCUCCUGUGCUAACGUCUGCUUGAAUAUUUCUCUUUUAUUUUCUAACAUCUGUGCAGCUAGGUUGUUGUUAGGAAGGCGAACAGGUGUUUGUGGUAGGUGAAGACAAUCGAUGGAAAUGUGAGCUGGAGAGAUAGCAUCACAACAUGGAUUUCUAAAACUCCCACGAUCACUUUGCAGCAACAUUUCCCUCCUGGAGUUCACGCUUCUUCUCUGAAAUGUUAAACAGUCGAACAGACACCUCUCAUCUCCGACAUAAAUACAGUUAUGUAGAUAAAAACCCUGCAGGUAAAAGCUGAAACAGGCUUGAGCUCAUGAUCAAUGGAAAGGUUCAUCUCAGACCUGUUGAUUCAGUGUGUGUGUGUGUGUGUGUGUGUGUGUGUGUGUGUGUGUGUGUGUGUGUGUGUGUGUGUGUGUCAUCAGCCUUUCUGUCCGUUAAAGGACGAAUCAUGAACAAAUGAAUCUGAGACUGUGACCAAAGCUCCUGCACACAGCGACGUGUAGCUAACGGUGGUGAAACUAAGCUAAAUUAUGUUUGAACUUUACAAACAAGUGAAAGCUGAAAGACUUGGAGCUGCUCUUUACUACAUGUUGAUGUGGGAGGACGUGGUUGUUUAAAGCUCAACAUCUACACCUUGAUAUUUAUCAGGCAACAAGAGGGUUUUUGUGCAGGUGGUAGAAACUAAUUGGUUCAGGUUUUAGGGUCAGCAUUUACCAAACAUUUUUAUUUUCCACUGCCCUGCACUUUGUCGUCAGAAAGCAUGAAUACACCACCUGAGUUUUUAGCAUCCACACUGUCAAACAGUGGCUUUAGAAAGUAUUCAGACCCCUCCUGUUUUACUCACUUCACAAGGUUGUAGAUGUAAUUUUAAAGCUGGAUAAAACUGUAGAUCAGUCUACACUCAGUAUUGACAAAGUGAAAACAUGUUUUCUUGCAAAUUUAUUAAAAUAAUUAACAAGUUUUCAGACAGUUAAUUCAGGACUUUGUGAAGCUCCUCUGGCAGCAGGUGCAGCUCCAGUAAAGUCUCUACGAGCUUUGCACACCUGGAUUUAUCUCAUUCUUCCUGACAGAUCCUCUGGAGAAUGUUCUGUGGGGUUUAAAUAACAAAUACAUGGGCCUUACUCAGGAACAGUCCAUCUGUGUGCUAUACCUGAUGUCUGUGCCUUUCUAAACUAAGUCGAUUCAGUUUCAGACACAUUUCAAGGAUAAUUAAAGCAAACGGAGCAAAGAGUCUAAAAUCAUGUUUUUACAUCAUUCUGGGUUAAUUAAAUUAAAUCAGUCAGCCUCGCUCAUAAUAUCCCCACCUGUCACAGGUGAAUUCACCACGUGUGGAUCUGAAUUUACCAUCGAGGUGUCUCUGGUGCAGAGUGAACUUCAGGCCUGUUCUCCGACCCCGUCAGGCUGAAGGAGGAGAGGUGGAGCUGGCUUUAACGCUCAGACAGGGCCGGGAUUUGUUGAAGUAAAUAGCACUUUAAUUGUGUAUUUGUGUUGUACAGUGCGGUCUGCAGGCGUCAGGACAGGGGACGGUUUUAGUUUUUGUUUUAUGUCGGCUCUUUACUCCGUCAUGUUCGGGUGUCAGGGUUUGGAUCCAUGUUGGGUGACGAUACACCUGGUGUUUUUACUGUGUUCUCUCUGAGAUCAGCUGCAGGAGCUCGGACAGCUCUCACCAACAAUCAACAAGAACUCAUGUUAAAACCACAGACCUUAUUUCAGACAUUUAACCAGAAACACACUGACAACAGGAAGAGCUAACAUGCUAACAUGCUAACUGACUUCCUGGUUGUAGGAUCAGUCCUGCAGGACUCUCUUCACCCAGUAUGGAUUGAAACAGUCUCAGACAUGAGAAAAGAGAGUCAGCACUUGAACCUGCUUCACAGCUGAACCCGUCCUCCUGUCCAGGUGCUCUGUGUGUGUGUGUGUGUGUCCUCUGGACGGCGAGUGUUUGGAAAAAACCGGUGGUCCUGAAACAUUUCAGGUGCAUUCAGGUGUCGAUGGAGCUGCGUCCUCGGCCGCGCUGCAGACUGAGUGUGUGUUGGUGUGUUAGCGUAUGGACAGAGCCACAGGGAGGGGAGGCAGAGUCGACUGUGAGGGGUGACGAUGACUCCGGUGAACAGCGGCCCUCCCCCCUCCUCCCCCUCUUUAUUCUCAGGCAGAGUCCCAGGACCCUCUCAGCCCAGUUUUCCCCAUGGGAAAUAUCUGAUGUGAAGCGUAGCACGUUUGCCAUAGGACCCGUAGGUUUUAUUCUUCUGUGGUGCGUUAACUGUCUGGAACACACUCUACAUUUGCACACACCUCUAACACCUGCACUACCCCCAGGUAUCCACCCCCACCCCCACCCCCACCCUGAACCAGGGGUGUGUAAACAUGGACCACAUGUAGCCAGCACCACCUCUCCUCCAAAAACAAAACAAAAAAAGGGAAAACAAAGAUGGCUGUCUCUGUGUAUCCUCUGUUCUUAAGACAAGAACAAACAUUUUGACCUGAUGUUGUCGUUACUUUGACACUGAUUAGCUGCACUAUGAGAGCAGAAACCACUGGGUCUGGUCUGGAUGUAGGACCCCCCCCCCCGGUACGACUCGUGGUUUCAGCUCUUUAGAAAAAAAAAAAAACAUAUUUUAAACCUUUUUAUUUUGUUCCCAUAUAUAUUUUAGAGAGCUGGGUUAAGUGCUAUAUGCAAACAGAAAAAGAUGUAUGAAAGAAUUAUUUUUCAUUAUGACUUCUCCCUAAUAUGCAAUGGAGUGUAGUGUAACGAUGGUUGAUCCUCUGUCACUUUAAUGCUGUAUGUGCACAUUGGUUGCUGUGUGGAUGCGGGUGCCGAGGCAACAGGACUUGACAAUGAUGGGAACUAAUGGUUGUCACCGUGUUCCCAGACUGCCUUAUUCGUUCUGACCAAUCACACGAGCCCGUUUUAAACCCUGGGUGGCCGCCGCCGCUUUCGUCAGACGAAUAUCGCUGUUCCAUUCUCCUCUGCUUUUUCCUCCUUUUCUUUUCCUCCUCUGCUGUCAGGUCGGACUCGGAGCGUGUAAAUGGCUUAAUCAUGUUCACAUCUCACCUGUCUGUUCUGUACCUGCUUCACUGUUCAGAGAAAAAACAUUGUUUUCCAGUGUAACCUGUUCAUUUAAAGCCGUAUGAUGCGACACUUGUAGCUGUCACUCUUGGUGCUUGGCUUAUGCUUCAUUGUCUUAAUAUUCCAAAUAAAACUGUUAAGUGUAAUCCACACUGGCCCAUGACAUAA